CACACUCGGCAUGACUGAGUCGGGAGGAGACGAGCUGCUGCUGCUGCUGCUGCUGCGGAGAGCAUGAAGCUUCCCACAUACUGAAAAACUGAAGCAUCAGACCACUUCAGACCAGAUCAGCUGGACCACAUGGACCAGAGGAUUUCUACAAGCGGGGAGAGGAUGGUGAAGUCUGCUUCAGCAUAUGCAGACCUGCGGCAGCACCAGUCAGAGGGCGUCCACAGGAAGCUGGCACCCAUGCCAAACUAUGUUCCCCCACCUGAUUACUUGGACGAAGACGAAGAUGAGGACCUGAUCAAACCCAAGAAACUGGUGAAUCCUGUCAAAGCAUCCAGAAGUCACCAGGAGCUUCAUCGCGAGCUGUUGAGCAGCUGCAAACGAAGUGGAAUGCGUGUGGAAAUGAAGCCGGAGCUGCAGAGGGUUCUGGAGUCAAGGAAGAGAGAUCAGCUGAUCCGACAGAGGAAACAGGAAGAGGAAGCUCACAGGAAGAUUUCUCCUCUGGAGGCUGAACUGAUGAAGAGACACAAGAAGUUGGAGGAGCUGGAGAAACAGCAGGAGCAGCAGCAGGAGGACGACAUGAGGGCUCCGGAGUUCGUCAAAGUCAAGGAGAAACUGAGACGGACGUCCUAUCACUCUAAAGAGGAGAAAGAGGUGUAGGAACAGAGACUGUGUCCAGCAGGGGACAUAGACACAAAUUUACAGGAAUGUUUACAGGGAUCUCCAAGGACACUAACACUGAGGACUUCAAAACACUAAGGAUGUGAUGAGGGGUGGUGUGGAAGCAGACAGAGUCAACAGGAAGACAGAAAAUAACAUGGUCUUCAAGUCUACAGGAGAUUCUGAGGACAAUUUGAGUUCAGCAGGAGACAAAUAUCCAGAAAGUCCCUUGUUGACAGGACACUGAGGACACAGAUGACUGAUCUGUGAUCAAACAGUGACGACGUCAGAUCAAAGUUAAAUCAGAUUAAUUAAAGAUGGAAGUCGGUUCUUGUGAUGUUUUGAGCUCUGGUUCUGGUUCUGAAUGAUGUCCAGUCCACAGUAUGUAGAUGUCCACAUGUCUAACUGGUUGCUGCGAUCUGUACUGGUGGUGAGCUAGAGGUCUUCUUCCUGGAAGGUCCACCUUCAAAAUCUCCUGAUCUGUACCAACGACUGGAGGAAAGUUCAGAAUCUGCAAGGAGACACAUGUGAGAGUCAGAAGAUGAUGAGGACCUUCAGGAUCUUCAGGUUAUUUCUUCAGGUUGAAGAUGAAAACAAGAAGAAGAUCAACUCUCACCUGUUUGUGGGUGAAAUCAGGAGUUCAGACCUGAUAAAACAUGUUUGCAUGGGAGGAGAAUUGGGUGGAAACAGCAGGGACAUGUCCUUACCAAUAUCCAGCAACUCCUGAGUUGUCCCUAUUAUUUUCUGUCGAGCGAUCAAUUCAGAGAUUUGUGCUCUUUAUUGGCAGUGUCGCUGCCUUAAUUCCCGCCUUAUAAGCGAUUAAAACUAUUCUGAUUCUCACUAAUGUGAUUGGCUGCCCCAGCUGUCACCUGCUCUGUUGAAAGAGCUAGAGCUGUAGUAACCGUGAGUGGUGCUGACGGUGGUUGUGUUCUCAGUCAGAGCUUCAGGAGCAAAGAAAGAAAGGACAUCAGGAGUUAUUUGAACAUCAGUCAAUUCAAAUGUUUGAGUCACUAAAAGAUUAUUUUUCAACUGCUUUUGUGUCAUUAAUAAUGGCAAUAGUAACAGUCACAAAAAAGAAAGAAAGUGGCAGAAUCUAAGCAACAGGUAGUUCAGAAAGAGGAGAUGCUGAGGAGAGGGGUAGGUGAGGUUUAGUUGUGACUUGAGCCACAUAAUUAAAAUUUAAUUGACUGACCUUCAUAUAAUGUACAGACUAAAAUAACAUUUUUGUUUGGUACAAAUCCUGCAAAAAAUAAAAAAUAUUAUGUGAAAUUUAACAUUUACUAUCAUGUGUUCUAUGCAGAUGUAAUGAGUCAAAAUGAUCACAUAUAGAUUUUAUUUUUCAAACUUAACUUUGUACUUUUUAAAUGGUUUAUCACUGUUUAAUAUUCUGUUAAUGGUCCUAUUUUUCCUCCAAGUUUUCAUUAAGUUAAUUUAAGCCAUGGAUUUCUUGUUUUGUUUAAUUUUAAUCAUAAAUCUGUGAUGGUGAUGCAAACUAUUUUUUGUCUGUAUUUGAUUGAAACAAAUGUGCCAACAGAUGUUUUUCAACCCAUAAACUUACAGAAAUCAUUAAGUAAAAUAAACCUGGAUUCAGUUUAGACACAAAACAAAAAAGCAAACUUCGGCUUGUUCAGAUGUCCAGUCCACUCAAUAUUAUGAUAUUGUAAAUAAACUUCUGUCAUAAGUAAGCAACAAAACACUUGCUUUCGGGACCUUUAAAGGACACGUUUAUGU